AUGAAUCAAAAUAAUACAAGAAUAUCAGAAGAAGAAUGGAAUUUAAUUUUUGGGUUUGACAAUGAUGGAUUUAAGCAAACACAAGAAGAAAACCUAACAAAUAUAUUAAAAGGGGAACCUUGUAAGAUUAUUAAAAAUAAAAAUAUAACAACACAGGAAAUAGAAAAUAACGAGAGUAACAAAAACGAAAAAGAAAAUUCUAAAGAACCAAUAUUCAAUUGUAAGAGCUUUAAAAUACUAACAACACAACAGAAAGAUAUAAUUGAUAGAGAAAUAGUAUCAUCUAAUCUAAAACUUAAUAAGAAACAGAUACGGUUAAUAGCUAAAAAAUACAACAUACCAAUAAACAGAGCACUAACAUACGUUUUUAAUAAAAAAUUACCAAAUAGAAGAAAUUAUAAGAAUUACUUGUAUAUGAAUUAUAUAAAUAUAGAAGAGCUAGUUAGUGAUAUGAAAGAAAUAGAGGCAAAAAUUAAAAAGUUAAGGGAAUAA